AGAAAGCAUUCAAAUUAACAUGACCAUGAUCAAGAAGAACCCUAGCAGUAUCCUCGUUCUUUUUAUCUCUUUCUGCUUUCUCUUCCCCCUGUCAUGGAGUUUCAAUAUGGCGGCCAUGGCAGCUGCGGAAAACACAACGAUCCCAGUGAAUGUGGGUGUUGUUGUUGACCUCAAUCAAACCAGUCAGAGAGGGAAGAUGUAUUUAAGUUGCAUCCAAAUGGCCCUCGAGGACUUCUAUGCCUCUCAUGCUCACUUCAAAACUAGGCUCGUUUUGAACACUAGGAACUCCAAAAAAACUGUUGUUGGUGCAGCUUCUGCAGCUCUAGAUCUGAUAAACAAUGUAGAAGUGCAAGCAAUCCUUGGCCCAGUGACAUCAAUGCAGGCAAGCUUCGUUGUUAAUCUUGGAGACCGAGCUAAUGUGCCCAUUGUAUCAUUUUCUGCAACAAGCCCUUCUCUUACUUCACUCCAAAGCUCUUACUUCUUCCGAAUUGCACAAACCGACUCGCACCAAGUGCAAGCCAUAAGUGCCAUUGUUAAAAAUUUCGCAUGGAGAAAAGUUGUGCCAAUUUACGUAGACAAUACGUACGGAGAAGGAAUCAUACCCCUUUUAACCGGUGCAUUACAUGAGGUUGGUGCUCAUGUCCCUCAUCGGUGUGUCAUUCCCCCAUCAGCCACUGAUGAACAAAUUGGCAACGAGCUUUACAAGUUAAUGACAAUGCAAACUAGAGUCUUCAUCGUGCACAUGUUGCCCAAACUUUGCUCUAAGCUAUUUGCCAAGGCAAAAGAAAUUGGAAUGAUGAGUGAAGGCUAUGUUUGGAUCGUGACCAACGGAGUAGCAAAUCGUUUAUGGUCUAUGAAUCCCGUCAUCUUAAAUUCAAUGCAAGGAGUCUUAGGAGUUGAAACUUAUGUUCGGAGAACAAAGGAGCUCCAAGAGUUUAAAAUGCGGUGGAAAAAGCAAUUCCAACAAGACAAUCCAGCCAUCAUGGAAGUUGAUGUAGAUGUGUUUGGACUUUGGGCUUAUGAUGCCACUUUUGCUCUAGCCUUGGCAGUUGAAGAAGUUGGAAUUAAUGCAAGCUUGGGAUUCCGAAAGGGGAAUUCAUCCUUCAAUUCGACAGAUCUUAAUACUUUCAAGGUUUCUCAAGAUGGAUCACAACUUGCCCAAGCCUUAUCUAGUACUUCAUUCAAAGGCAUAGCUGGUGACUUCAGUCUUAAAGAUGGGCAACUUCAAUCAUCAACCUUUAAGAUAGUUAAUUUAAAUCGUUAUGAGGUAAGAACAAUAGCAUAUUGGACACCGGAAAGUGGAAUGGUGGAAACAUUGAAUUCAACAAACACUAGUACACCUUCAAUUUCGAGGAUGUUUAAUUUUGAAGAUAAGAUUAAAUGGCCAGGAGAUUCUCUCAUUGUUCCAAGGGGAUGGGAGAUCCCAACAAAAGGCAAGAAGUUGAGGAUUGGAGUACCUGUGAAGUCUGCUUUUACUGAGUUUGUUACGGUAACCAAGGAUUCUAGCACCAAUAAAACAGAUGUCACUGGGUUUAGUAUCGAUGUCUUUAAGGCUGCAGUGGAACUGUUACCUUACGACCUUCAUUUCGAGCUCAUUCCCUUUGCAAAGCCGGAUGGCACCAGUGCUGGCACUUACAACGAUUUGGUCUAUCAUGUAUAUCUUCAGAAAUUUGAUGCUGUGGUGGGAGAUAUAACAAUUAGAGCAAAUAGAUCUUUAUAUGCGGACUUUACAAUGCCAUAUACAGAAUCCGGUGUAGUCAUGGUUGUGCCAAUCACCGACACCAGGAGCAAAAGUCCAUGGGUUUUUUUAAAGCCUCUGACAUGGGACCUAUGGCUUACAACUUUUUGUUUCUUCAUCUUCAUUGGCUUUGUAAUUUGGGUGCUUGAACAUCGAAUUAACGAAGAUUUUCGGGGUUCUCCCUCACACCAAGUUGGCACAAGCUUUUUCUUCUCUUUCUCAACCUUGGUCUUUUCAAAUAGGGAGAGAGUGGUUAGCAACUUGGGUAGAUUCUUGAUGGUUAUAUGGGUAUUUGUUGUGCUAGUUUUGACACAAAGCUACACAGCUAAUCUAGCAUCACUACUAACGGUUGAGCAGCUGCGGCCAACUGUCACGGAUAUAAAGGAUCUUCUAAAGAAUGGGGACAAUGUCGGCUACAUGAAGAAUUCUUUCGUCUAUGAACUUUUGAAACAAGUCGGUUUUGGUGAGUCCAAGCUUAAGGCUAUGAAAUCCAUGGAAGAUUGCGCUGAAGCUCUUUCCAAAGGGAGCAAAAGUGGUGGCAUUACUGCUUUUGUUAAUGAAACCCCCAACAUGAAGCUUUUUCUUGCACAACAUUGUUCCAAAUGUACCAUGAUUGGUCCUAUCUUCAGAACAGAUGGUUUUGCCUUUGUGUUUCCAAGGCAUUCUCCUCUUGUGCCUGAUAUUUCACGGGCGAUCCUAAACGUGACAGAAGGAGAAAGGAUGAAGAAAAUUGAAAGCAAAUGGUUCACUCAAGAAAUGGAUCGUGAAGCUAAGUCCGGUACACCAAGUUUUUCAAGCGGCAGUCUUGGCCUUGAAAGCUUUUGGGGCCUAUUCCUCAUUGUCGGUUUGACGUCAAUUCUCGCGCUAGUCAUCUUUGCAGCUUCAUUCCUUUACAAUCAUAGGCAUAUAUUGGAGCACCCUAAUUCAAGAGCUUCAAGAUGGAGAAGGAUUCGAGCCAUGAUUAGAAUUUUCAACGAAAAAGACCUCAACUCCCACAAAGGCAGUCAACAAGGAGAUGGAAUUGCUUGUGGGGGAGAUGAAGUUAAGGCAUCACCUAAUAGCAACUGGCUGGAAGAUAAGGAUUUGGGAUUGUAUGAAGGGCAACAAACUCCAUCGACUACUGGCUAUUCGUCUCCGGAGAUAGUUCAAAUAAUUCAGCUUGCUAUCCUUAAAUGAGAAAACAAAUAGUAAGUGGUCAAGAAAAAGAAAUAGAAGUUGUACCAUUACUUCAAUUCUAAUAUGAACCAUACUAUCAUGUAGAAUCACAAUUUCUGAAUCUCUCCAUCCACCUUCACAUUCCUUUAAUUCUUUAUUAUUAAAACAAUUCAAAUAUUUAGAUAUAUAUGGGCGUAGCCACAUUGAGUACAGCAGAUAUGCUCUCCUAUGCACUCGAGUUCAAGUCUUCUUUUAGAUUAGUUUAAGAUAAAAACAAUUGAAAGACUGUUUUAUAUUAUACGAAGUCAGUUUUGAAUUAGUUUAUGUAUAGGUCCGGUCAAGUAAAUUCCUACAUCCGGAAUUUAAAUUCUAGUUGGCUGCUUUCA